CUCUCUGGGUCACUUACCUUUGUUAAUCCCCUAACACCUGGGACUGACAACUAUUUCGACAAGACUCUCUUCCCCCACCUCAAUCCCCACCUCCUCUGCUGGUCACCACGAUUGCCCCCUGGCGGCCAGGGGCAGUUGCGCCCUCUCGGGAUGCCCGAGGGCGAGUGCGCGUGCGCUCAGGUGAGUUGCCGCCGCCCAGUCCUUAAGCCCUGAACACCUGCCUGGGAAACUUGUGGUUGGUUGUUGCCCUCGGGUCGUUUCCGGGCGGGGACAGGAACCGGGCCAUGGAAGAUCCUUUGGGGACUCGCGAGCCCCGGGCCCGUCCGAGGGAGCGAGACCCAGACCGGCGCCCACACCCGGACCGAGACCGCCACGUCGAGCGGCCGCGGGACAGAGCCGGGGACAGACACAGGGAAAGGAACGGUGACGUGAGAGGAAACGGGGACCGUCGAACGGGCAGGGAAAGGAGGACGGACCGAGACACGCGCCAGGACGGACACAGGGACGCGGGCCAUCGUGCAGCUGAACAAAGAACCUGGGACAGGCCCCGCCAAAGCCGUGCGCGGCCCGAGCCCUGGGUGCCCAGCUGGGACACAGCCUCGACCCCCAGGCCCGCGCCCUGGGGGGGCCCGGAGCCGCCGCGGAAGCAGGGCCUCGGGCGCCGCGGGUUGGACAGUGAACUUGCUUCGGAGAGAUAUGUGUCCCUGCACUCGCGGCCCGAACGACAGGAAGAGGAAUAUUACAAGUCUGAAGCCGAGGGUCUCCUGGAAUGCCACCAGUGCAGAUACUUGUGCUCAGGGAGAGCCUGCUGCCAGAUGCUGGAGGUUCUGCUCAACUUGUUGAUCUUGGCCUGCAGCUCUGUCUCUUACAACUCCACAGGGGGCUACACAGGCAUCACCAGCCUGGGCGGGAUUUACUACUACCAGUACGGAGGGGCUUAUAGUGGCUUCAGUGGUGCUGACGGGGAGAAAGCCCAGCAGCUGGAUGUUCAAUUCUAUCAGCUCAAGCUGCCCACGGUUACUGCAGCAAUGGCCUACAGUGGAGCCCUCAUGACCUUCUCCUGUCUCCUCAUCCUCGGGGGUAUCCUGCGGGUCCCGUGGCACUGUCCGCCGUGGCUGGUGAUCGAGGGCUUGAUGGAUGUGCUCAUCGCUGGGGCGUACAUCCCGGCCUCGUACUUCUUCUUCCAGCACCUCUCUGCUGCCUACAGCUCAGAUGUGUGUAAGGAGAGGGAGGCCCUGUACCAGAGCAAAGGUUACAGUGGCUUCAGCUGCGGUAUGCAUGGGGGAGACAUAGGAGCAGGAGUCUUUGCCGCCAUGGGCAUUGUGGUCUUUGCCGUGGGAGCUGUCCUGGCCUUUAGGGGUUACCGAAAAGUCAAGAAGCUGAAGGAGAAGCCCGCAGAAAUGCUUGAGUUUUAGACUUCUAGAAUGUUCUGCCGAGUAUACAUGCUAGAAGGCACUUUCAACCAUGAUCUUUCACAAGAAUUCUUCUUUCAUGUGGACCUCACUAAUGCUCCAGAAUACCAAGCCAGUGUAGGUAUGCUGGGUUGAGCUCCUGGUUGCCUGGAGAAGUGUUUCUCUGGUUUCUGGAAUCUUCUGUGGAUGUGGACCUAACCAAAAAUAUAUCAAAACCCAGAACACUAGAGCCAGGCAUGGUGGUACAGAUCUGUAAUCUUAUAAUCCUGUCACUUGUAAGGCUGAGGCUGCAGACUCAUGAGUUCAAGGCUAGCCUGGGAUAAAUAGCAAGACCCUGUCUCCAAGCCAGAUAAAGAAGGAUUUGGGGAAAAAAACACAACAACAACAACAACAACAAGCAGUGGUGGUACGCACCUUUA